AAUUGGUAACGUUUAACAAUAGUUUCAUCAGUUGAAGUUUUAAACAAAUAAGGAAACAAUGGGGAUUCGUGUAUUUAUCAUUUGCUUUGUGAAUUUGGUUUAUCUCCUUAGUUUUAACAGAGUGCUAGGUCAAUACAUUCCAAAAGAGGAACUACGAAACAAGACCACUUGUGACUUAAAAAUUAAUUUGGAUAUAACCUGUGGCAGUGAUGGUGUUAUUGUCAUACAAUCGUUCUAUUUUUACUAUCAUCCGACUUGUGAAGCAACAUGCUGUGACUUCGAUAGUGCUCAUUACAAAAUAGGGGCAGACAGCGAUGACAUCACAACUGUAAGGCGUUUGUGCUCCGGAAGGACUGAUUGCAGUCUCGAACCGCUUGAAGGUAUUCGAGAUUUUGGCGUAGAAGCAAAACCUCAGGAGCCGUCAUACGUUGUCAUUUAUCACUAUUGUGUACCUGAGUCGAGAAUAACAAGCUGCUCAGGAACCAGCCUUGUAUCUGCGGGAGAACCGAUAUAUCUCACAAGCAACGAUUACCCACGUGUGGCGACAGAGGACAGCUCGUGCACUUGUUCAGUAGAAGUUUUCUCGUGCACGUCACGCGUUAACAGUUAUAUUAUCGACGCUGACAUGUAUUUAGAUCAAGUCAAUUGUGAACAGAAUAUUGACUUUCUUGAUGGGAGAAGCACAUCUUUGGACAAAAUUGAUUGUAGAAGUUACUCUGUUAACGAAAUAGUUACGAAAAGUUUUGCAACAAAUUAUAUAAAGAUUGAUUUUAAUGAUAACUCUGAUCAGAAUCAAGAAGGGUUCUUCUUUCUCGGAUUUGGAGUGACUGAAGAAACUGCUUUUAAACUAAGCUGUUCAUUUGAGGAGCAGACAGUAUGUAUGGAUUGCGGCACACCAAACAACAUUCAUCAUGGGACUAUUUCGCUUGUCGAAGAUGGAAACAGCGGUUAUGGCGCGUUAGCCAAUGUCGUCUGCGACAAAGGUUAUGAGUCCGCAGAUAAAACAGUAAGCUGUUUAGAUACGGGUUUGUGGAAUACAACCGAAUGCAACCUUAAAGACUGCGGAUCACCCUUCAACAUAUCCAAUGGUAUAAUCACGCUUGUCACCGAUGGAAACACUACUUAUGGCGCAAAAGCAAAUGUUAUAUGCGACGAAGGAUUUCAAGUGAAAGGAAAUUGCAGUAGUAAUGAAUUUCAAUGUGGCGACGGUUCAUGUCUCCCAAACAGUAAGAGAUGCGACAGCUUUCCUGAUUGUCCUGACGAACUUGAUGAAUUACUAUGUUCGGAUCAAACAAAUUGUGCCGAAGGUCAGAAAUUAUGUGGCAAGUCAUGUGUAGACUCAAACUACACUUGUACAGAUAGUGGAACUGAUGAGGAAGAAACAGAAUUUAGUAAUGGUAUUAUUAGUUGCUUAGUGAUAGGAAGAUGGGAGAUUGUCCAGUGUGUACCAAAAGACUGUGGUACGCCGGCAGGUCUUCAGUAUGGUUCCUUUUCCCUGAUAGAACCAGGAAAGACUAUUUAUAGAUCUAUGGCUCACGUCACGUGUGAUAACGGUUUUAUAGCAUCAGUCGAUCAAAUUUCAUGCCUGGCAAAUGGAUCAUGGGCGUUUGUUAGUUGCUUUGUUGAUUGUGGAGCUCCAUAUACGAUUAAAAAUGGUACCAUCAAUUUAGAACGUUCUGGUUUCACAACGCUGCAAUCUACCGCUAACGUGUCAUGUGACACUGGAUUUGAUAGGUCUACGGACUCGAUAAGUUGCCUGGCAAAUGGUACUUGGGAACAAGCGUCCUGCAUCAUCAAGGAUUGUGGCGAGCUGGCAUCAAUUGAUAAUGGAUCAUUAACUCUGACAAUCCCUGAAAAGACAACUUACCAAUCAAAGGCAAAUGUUACGUGCAGCGACGGAUUCGACGAGUCUCUUGAGUUUAUACAAUGCAAAGCGGAUGGAACAUGGCAAGAUGCUUCUUGUAUUAUAAAAGACUGCGGAGCACUUCCGGAAAUAAACAAUGGAACGCUUACAGCGGAAGAAACAGGACAAAGCACUUAUCUGUCUAAAGCAACAGUAACAUGUGACACUGGAUUUGACAGUUCAAACGAUUCAAUUGUGUGCCAGGCAAGUGGUGUCUGGGAAGAUGUAUCGUGUAUAAUAAAAGACUGUGGAGCGCUUAAAACAAUUAAAAACGGAACUUUAGACGAGGACUCACCUGGUCAAACAAAAUAUCUUUCAACAGCAACAGUGUCAUGUGAUACGGGCUUUGAUAGCUCAAACAAUUCUAUAUCAUGUCAAUCGAAUGGCGAAUGGCAAAAUGCGUCUUGCAUAAUAAAAGACUGUGGCGACCCUGGCCGUGUCAACAAUGGGAAUAUAUCUUUGACGAGGGCCGGCAAAACAAUAUACCUGUCCGAAGCAAGUGUCACGUGUGAUCCUGGAUACACUGAGUCAACUGACGUUAUAUCCUGUCAGGCGGAUGGAAAAUGGCAAGACGCCACCUGUAAAAUUAAAGAUUGUGGCAUACCAAAUCAAAUCCAAAAUGGUAAAAUCGAAGCAGACUCAGAACAAACAACAUAUUUGUCUUCUGCAACAGUUAGUUGUGACACUGGCUUCGACAGCACAACAGACUCAGUAAUAUGUCAAACGGAUGGUUCAUGGCAAGACGCAUCAUGUGUUAUAAAGGAUUGUGGGGAUGUACAAACAAUUAAUAACGGAAGCAUUACUUUAGAUCAGCCUGGCGCAACAAAAUACCUUGCUACUGCAACAGUAGCAUGUGACCCUGGAUUUAACAAGACAAUAGCGUCGAUAAAAUGCCAAGCGAAUGGCAAAUGGAUGGACGCCUUUUGUGUCAUUGAAGAUUGUGGAGAGCCUAAUCAAAUAGAUAAUGGUGAAAUAAUUGCGGACAUGGACAAAACAUCAUAUCUUUAUACUGCAAAUGUUUCCUGUAACAUUGGUUUUGACAAGUCUGCUGAAUUUAUUUCUUGUCAACAAAAUGGUGAAUGGCAGAAUGCUUCUUGUACCAUUAAAGACUGUGGAACACUUAAAACAAUUUCAAACGGAAAGUUGACGGAGGAUACACCUGGUAUAACAACAUAUCAAUCCACUGCAACAGUGUCGUGUGAGACUGGCUUUGAUAACUCCACCGAUUCUAUAUCAUGUCUAGCGAACGGCGAAUGGCAGGAUGCCUCAUGUAUUAUUAAAAAUUGCGGUGACCUUUCGGAAAUUAACAAUGGCUCUUUAACUUUAACGGACAGCAAUAAAUCUACAUAUCUCUCUAAUGCGACAGUUGAUUGUGAUCCUGGAUUUAGAGAAUCAAUUAAAGUCAUAUCAUGUCAGGAUAAUGGACAGUGGCAAGACGCAUCUUGUAUUAUCAGAGACUGUGGCGCUCCGGGACAAAUUCAGAACGGUUCAAUAGUAGCGAAUUCAGGGCAAACAACGUAUUUGUCCUCUGCAGCAGUUAGUUGUAACAUUGGCUUCGACAGCACAACAGACUCGGUAAUAUGUCAAGCGAAUGGUUCAUGGCAAGACGCAUCCUGCAUAAUAAAAAAUUGCGGAGAAGUGAAAGUAAUAAACAACGGAACAAUUCUUUUAGAUACCCCUGGUGUAACGACGUACGAUGCUUCUGCCUCAGUAUCAUGCGAUCCUGGCUUCGAAGCUAGUUUAGAAUCAAUUAAAUGCCAGUCAAAUGGUGAAUGGCAGGAUACCAUUUGUACUCUCAAAGAUUGCGGAGAACCAAAUGCAAUAGAUAAUGGUACUAUAACUGUAGUGGACAAAACAACCUAUCAAUCUACUGCAUCCGUUACAUGUGACCCUGGCUUUGACAGAUCUGUGGAAUCUAUUUCAUGCCAACAAGAUAGAAAAUGGGAAUAUGUUUCAUGUGAUAUUAAAGACUGCGGAAUACCUAAUACAAUUUCGAAUGGUACCAUCACUGCUAAUGAAACAACGUAUAGUUCUUCAGCAAUGGUUUCAUGUGACGCUGGGUUUGAUAAAUCAAACGAUGCUGUUACAUGUCAGGCAAACGGUGAAUGGGAAAGUGCUUCGUGUAUAAUUAAAGAUUGCAGGCAGCCACGAACAAUAGAUAAUGGAAACAUCCAAGUUAUCGGUAAAACUACGUAUCUUUCUAAGGCAACCGUGUCAUGUGACAUUGGAUAUGACUUGACACCUGUUUCAGCGUCCAUAAUGUGUAAGGCAGACGGUGAAUGGGAGGAUACAUCUUGCACGAUAAAAGAUUGUGGAAGUUUGAGUACAAUAGACUAUGGCAAGAUUACUCUAGAUGUUUCUGGAAACACUACAUACCUUUCAACAGCGUCAGUUACAUGUAACGUGGGAUAUGUUGAGUCAGUUGCCACCAUUUUAUGUCAGGCAAACGGUCAAUGGCAAGUCGCUUCUUGUAAAAUCAAAGAUUGUAAUACACCCAACACAAUAAACAACGGAAGCAUACAAUUAGAUGUGUCUGACUCGACAACAUAUGGUUCUACAGCAAGUGUUUCGUGUGAUACUGGAUUUGACAGAUCAAGAGCAUCCAUAUCUUGCCUUGCAAGUGGAGAAUGGCAAAAUGCAACAUGUACUAUAAGAGACUGUGGUGAUCUUUAUCAAAUACGCAAUGGUAGUAUUAAACUGGAUAUUUCUGGUAAAAGUAUUUACCUAUCGAAAGCGUCUGUGACAUGUGACCUUGGUUUUGAUCCUUCAAAUGAGUCCAUAUCCUGUCAGGCCGAUGGUACAUGGCAAAAUGCAACAUGUGUUAUCAAAGAUUGCGGUGCACCUGGACCAAUAGACAACGGGAAUAUAACUGAAGCAGUUAUAGGUGAAACAACGUUAUUUUCAAAAGCAAUAGUAUCAUGUGACACUGGAUAUAACAAAACUUCAAGUUCAGUUACAUGUCAACCAGAUGGAUUGUGGUCAGAAGUGUUUUGUAAUAUUACAGAUUGUGGGGACACAGGGUCGAUUUUAAAUGGGAGCAUAACCUUAGAUGUGCCUGGCAAAACAAUAUAUCAAUCUACAGCAUCUAUAUCAUGUGAAACUGGUUUCAACCGGUCAACAGCAACAAUUUCUUGUCAGUCAAAUGGCGACUGGCAAGAAGCUUUUUGCAUAAUCAAAGAUUGUGGUGUCCCAAAUAAAAUAAACAACGGCUCCGUUACUGAAGAUGUCGCCGGUAAAACAUUUUAUCUUUCCACUGCAAAAGUGUCAUGUGACACGGGGUUUGACUCGUCAACAGAUUCAAUAAUGUGUCAGGCAGACGGUACCUGGCAAGAAGCUUCUUGUAAAAUUAGAGACUGUGGGGAAUUAAAUACCACUAUAGAACAUGGGACAAUUACUAUCAACGAGGAUGGAAAGACAACAUUUCGUUCUACUGCAUCAGUAACUUGUGAUAUUGGUUUCUAUCCAACGAUUGAUACAAUAAAAUGUCAAUCAGAUGGCUCGUGGGAAAUUGUUAACUGUGUCAAAACAGAUUGCGGAACACCACCGUCGAUAGAAAAUGGAAGAAUUGUUCUUGAAAAGGAAGCCGGCACGGUAUUUGUAUCCAAAGCGAACGUAGAAUGUGAUAUUGGCUUUACUCCGAAACCCUCCGUAAUAUCUUGCCAAGCAGAUGGUUUAUGGGAAAAUUCAUCCUGUGAAAUUAAUGAUUGCGGGAUGCCUAGUCAAAUUGCAAAUGGAAGUAUUAAGUUGGAUUCUUCUGGAGAAACAACAUAUCGUUCUACUGCAACAAUAACUUGUGAUACUGGUUUCGAAACAUCCGAUGAUUCGAUAUCUUGCCAAGCUGACGGUUCAUGGGAAGAAGAAUCAUGCAAAAUAAAAGAUUGCGGAGCUCCCAAGCUAAUAAACAAUGGUGAAGUUAAUCUUGAUAUUCCUGAAAAAUCGACCUAUCUUUCCAAGGCCACAGUAACUUGUGACCACGGUUUUAAUACAUCAACCGACACUCUAAUAUGUCAAGCUAACGGUUUGUGGCAAGAUACCGCUUGCAUUAUAAUUGAUUGCGGGAUGCCUAGUAAAAUUGCAAAUGGAAGUAUUAAGUUGGAUUCUUCUGGAGAAACAACAUAUCGUUCUACUGCAACAAUAACUUGUGAUACUGGUUUCGAAACAUCCGAUGAUUCGAUAUCUUGCCAAGCUGACGGUUCAUGGGAAGAAGCAUCAUGUAAAAUAAAAGAAUGUGGAAUUCCUGAACAAAUACACAAUGGUAUCAUUUUAUUGGACAAUCCAGCUGAAAGUCACUAUCUUUCCAUGGCAACAGUAUCAUGUAAUACAGGAUUCAAGGUGACCUCGGCUUCAAUAACAUGCCAAGCUAAUGGUCAGUGGCAAGACGCGUCUUGUAUGAUUAAAGAUUGCGGAGCUCCCAACGUAAUAAACAAUGGUGAAGUUAAGCUUGAUAUUCCUGGAAAAUCGACUUAUCUUUCCAAUGCCACAGUAACUUGUGACCCCGGUUUCAAUACAUCGACCGACAGUGUAAUAUGUCAAGCUAACGGUUUGUGGCAAGAUACCGCUUGCAUUAUUAUUGAGUGCGGGCUACCUGAAACAUUGGCAAAUGGAACAAUAUCUUUAAAUGACCCAGGUAAAUCAUCCUACUCCUCUAAUGCAACAGUAACAUGUGACAUAGGAUUCGAUGCAUCUACAAAUGAAAUAUCAUGCGAAGCUAGUGGUAAAUGGCAAGAAGCUAUUUGCAUAAUCAAAGACUGUGGAAAUCUGCCUGAACUUGAGAAUGGCGACUUUGUGUUGAGUGAUGAAAACAAAACGACUUAUGGUUCGGGCGCGGUUGUUGAAUGUCUCACGGGUUUUGUGCCAUCUGCCGCGUCGAUAUCUUGCCAGUCGAAUGGUAAAUGGGAAGAUGCCUCGUGUACAAAGGAAGUCUUAGACUGUGGAUCUCUCCCAAAUCUCGAUAACGGAAAACUCACAUUGACAACAGCUGGCAAGACGCAAAAAGGAGCAACCGCAAGGGUGUCGUGCAACAAUGGAUAUACCAAAACAGAUGAUAUAAUUACUUGUUUAAACACUGGAAAAUGGCAAAAUACAUCUUGUGACAUAGUUGAUUGCGGUAGCCCACCUAGUAUUUUACAUGGUAUUGUUAAGGUUUUAGACGGAUCAUAUAGAACAUACGAUUCCAUUGCGCAUGUGACAUGCGAUAAAGGAUACCGAACAAAGAAACAGUUUGUGGCUUGUAAGGAGACAGGCAUUUGGGAAGAAAGUUCUUGUGAACCUGAAGAUGACGACGAGGACACUUUUAAAAUCAUUGUAAUAGCAGGUGGCGUUGUUUUGUUGAUUGCUGUUAUUUUACUUGCUUUAAUAACGUAUUUGAGCCGGACAAGGAAAAAUUCUGCAAACUUGCAUGACCAGAAAAGCCAUAGACGACAUUCUUAUGAUCAUUUUGAAAGAAAUGGACCAUACCAAACGGCCGAAAAUGAUGCUUUUGAAGAUGAUGACAUAGUAGAUAAUGAAAUUAUCAAUACCGUAGAGAAUGGUGCAGAACCUUAUUCCGAUCAGCAGCUCCCUGAAUCGGGUCACAUUAUGAUUCCGCAAGAAAUAGAUACAUUAGAAAGGACCGUUUUCAGUCAGCAUGAGCCUCACAGGUGGCAUUCAGAUAUGAGUACUCAUGCAGAAGGAUCUAGCAAUGGUUGGGAUUUUAAUUAUAGAUUCUAGAAUGACGUAAACUGAACAUUGUGAAAUUCUGAGAAUACGAGUAUCAAAGGAAAGCUUUUUUGUAUUGUGUUAUUUAAAAUUCUCUUUAAUUUAACAAGGCACUAGAUCCUUAAAGACUUUGACGUUUAUUGAUAAAUUUAUUUUAGACGUCGUAAAUGAUUAAAUUGUUUAACUCCUAUAACUACAUCGAAAGGAAAAUUCGACGACAGUGGUAUAAAGGAAGAUCGACUUCACCGCAAUACUCUUUUUUGUCUUGCCUCUAUUAUUCUCAACAAGUUCGGAUUCACAAGAUAGAGAUUAUGCUAUAUUUUUUAAUGUCCUGUUAUAGUUUUAAAAAAUACUCAUAUGUGAAAUACCAUAAACAUCUUUUCUCCUCCCUUCAUACAGUUAAUAUAAUUGUGAUUUAAUAUUUUGUCAUGUUGUCUAAAUACUACUUUCCGUUCAUUUGCUACUUUUAUGACAAAUAGUUUUUUCAUGCAGUUCUUCUUUUCCUCAGGUGAUAAAUUUCAAACAUGCUCUUAAACCAUUGUUUAAAUGUUAUAAAAUUCAUAUUUGUCCUUUCAAAAAGGGCGUCAGACAUUAAGCCUAUGGAAAACUUAUUGUACUUCCAUCACUUUAUUUUAUGGCAUGUUAUUAGCAUAGAAAUAUUUAAAUAUCUUAUUGGUAGAAUACACCAUAAUGUACGAGUAGCAUAAUUAAUAACCAUUUAACCAUUCAGUGUGCUUAAACUAUAGCAUACAAUCAUAUAUUUUUUACCUUUUAUGUAGCUAUGAAGUAUAAGACUAUGACUAUUAAAACAAAGUUUUGUUUUAUGAUCCUCCAGGUAUUUGGCUCGUUUAGCACUCGUUUACCGCUAAUUUGUUAUCUUUUAGGAACAAGUAUUUAAGCUUGCUCACGCAAUUUGAUUAAGAAGCUGAAUUGAAAACUGAUUCAUUGAUCCGAGCUGAUGUACACUACAUGUUCUUAACAAUGGAAUACGCUAAAACGAGAUAUGUGAGAAAAACAAAGCAUGCUCGUAUAUACAUUUGUUUCAAUGGUCUUAUCAAAUUAACAAUUAUUCACUGUCAUUAUAUGUUUCAGAUGGCAUUUACAGGGUAAUAAGACUUAAAGAUAUACUUUGCUCAAAUAUUAGUAAAUAUUGAUAAUUGCUUCAAUUUUCUUGUUAAUAUAAAACAACAUGUUUUGACUCCUUUUGAAGUAGAUAUAUUACUUGAAAAAAAAAUGUACACAAUGCUCGUAUGUGGUCAUCAUAUGCAUAUAUAGUGCCUUUAAAAAAAUGGUAGUUUUUGUAAGAAAGGACCAACUUUACCUGACCUGUCAUAGGGACCGCAGCUUUCCAUACAUAGUUUAUUAAUUCAUAUAUACAAAUAAGACAGACUUGGUAAGAAUUUUACAGAUUAUCUUUUUAAAGGACGAUGAUUAAAAUGUUACUCAAGGAUGAGCAUAGUAUAUCUUACGGAAGCGCCCUGGUGCCAAUUUAACAUGUUCUAUAAAAAUGAUAACUUCAAAGUAGGGGAUAAAAUGCUUAAUUAGGAGUUAAUGACCCUUAUGUAGGACUUCUGAAGUCCUUAUUUGGCUUUUGAAUUUCCUACGUAGGAGUUACAAAGUCCUACGUAGGUUUUAUAUAGUCCUUUGCAAAAGUUAUACACUCCUAAUUAGACUUUUUUUAUCUCCUACGUAGGAGUUACAAAAUCCUACGUAUGACUUUAAAGUCCUUCGUUAGAGUAAUUAAGUUUCACGUAGAGCUUAUAAAGUCCUACGUAGUAGUUUUGAAGUCAUAAUAGGUUGUUUUUUAUCUCCUAUGUAGGAGUUAUAAGUCUCUAUAGAUCAUGUUAAAUUGGCACCGGGACGCUUCCGUAAUAUCGUAAAACUGUUGUCAUAUUUGUUACAUAUAUUUCAAAUCAUAUAAAAUGUAUACAAUGUAUGUGUUCGUACUUGGUAUGUUCAUUGUGUUUAUGUGUUACAAUAAGAAGUAUUCAAAAUAUUCAAUUGUAUGUGUGUACCUCCUUUUGAAUUCAAGGUGUUUAAAAGUUACAUGUACAUAUGGGAUUUAUAAAUACAAGAGAAAAGUGGAGAAAAUGGUAUUCGUUGAUAUUGAUUAUGAUAUUAUGAAUUUGUCAUAUUAAAAAAUAAAGAAAUGUAGAAA